GUAAUCUGAAUGUGUUCAUUGUUCUUUUUUUGACACUGUCAAAUUUGAUAUUUGGUCUUCAUACAAAAACAUACUUUCAAAAACUAAAUAAAAAUGUUCUUUAAUUUAUUAUUACAAAGAAUUCCAACACGGAGCAUUCUGAGCCGCUCGAUAAACACUUCAUCUGUGCUCAAUGUUCAUGCAACUCCAGCCCUUUUCGCCGAACCAUUGAAGAAAAAGAAAAAGAUUGACCCACAAAUUAUAAAACAACGUGAAGAACGAAAAAAGAAAAAAAUUGAAAAACAAAUCCGAAGAUUAGAAAAGAAUGCAAGGCAGUUAAAACCAAUUGAAGAACUAGACAUACCAAUUGAACUAAUUGAUGAAAAAAGCCAACGAACGAGGGCUAUUACAAUAACCCCUGAAGUCUUGGAGCAAAGAGCCACUCUUAACAAGCAAUGGGCGGCUUACAAGCAUAAAGAAAAAGUUGCCGAUUUCCAAAUCAUAGAUCGUGUUCUUCAGUUCCAGAUGAAGGCAUUAGAUGAGUUACGUAAGGAAUCCGAAGAGCUUUAUCUGGAAGCAGUACAACCGGAUAGUAAGCUACUUCCAAUCAAUAUAACGGGACCUGUAUCCACACCACCAAUUGAAAACUAUCCAAGUCCCGAUGGUGAAUAUGUUCAUUUAACCAAGAAUUGGGAAUAACGAUUGUGAGCUUGGGUUUUGCAAUAAAAACAAAAAUUAAGUUAAUAAAAGA